GCAUGCGUAAUAUUGCGGCGAGUGUGGCGAGGCGCGAGGGCGGUGUCGGUGGUGGAAGCAGAGAAACGUUUUCUACCCUUUGCUCGUCAUCGUCGUCGUCGUCGUCGUUGUCAUCGUAUGUUCAUCUAUCGUUUCAUUGUGCACACUCGUGGCGAACGGUGCAGUGAGUGAUAUUGCCGCAGUCGACGAGUCGAUACGCGGUUCGGAUCGUAUUCUUCCUUCAAUAAUAUCAUUUUUCGCAAUCGCGUAUGAUAUUUCGAGCUGUCGACCUGUCGCGAGGGAUCCUCGGUCACGGUGGAAUCAAAGGUUAUAACCUGUCAUCGUCGUCAUCGUCAUCGGCGCCGUCGACGUCGUCGUCGUCAGUCUCGAUCAGCUGCUUCGCGGGUAACCGUCCAAUAGCGGUGCUCCCAGGCGUUUACACGUCGACCCAGCCUACGUGCUAGAACUGAAGGGCCCGGAGAGCACGAAGGCGAGAAGAAAUGAGUUGGACGUGACACAAUGACAUGAUGAAGAGCCUGGUGGGGAUCAUGUGGAUAGUGUUGGUGCUCAUAUCAGGAUGCUCGGGAAAUCCAGAUGCGAAGCGGCUAUACGACGACCUCCUGUCGAAUUACAACAAGCUGGUUCGUCCAGUGGUCAACGUCACAGACGCCCUCACCGUUAAAAUCAAGCUCAAACUCUCGCAGUUGAUCGACGUAAAUCUGAAAAAUCAAAUCAUGACAACGAACCUCUGGGUAGAACAGUCAUGGUACGAUUACAAGUUAAAAUGGGAUCCAAAGGAAUAUGGUGGGGUGGAAAUGCUGCACGUGCCAUCCGAUCAUAUAUGGAGGCCCGAUAUAGUUUUGUACAACAAUGCCGACGGUAAUUUCGAGGUGACGCUGGCAACGAAGGCGACGCUGAAUUACACAGGGAGGGUCGAAUGGAAGCCACCGGCCAUAUACAAGUCUUCUUGCGAGAUCGACGUAGAAUAUUUUCCGUUCGACGAGCAAACGUGCGUCAUGAAGUUCGGCUCGUGGACUUACGAUGGCUUCCAGGUUGAUCUUCGACACAUCGACGAAAUUCGUGGCAGCAAUGUCGUCGACAUCGGCGUUGAUCUGUCCGAGUUUUACACUUCCGUCGAGUGGGACAUCCUCGAAGUCCCAGCCGUGCGAAAUGAAAAAUUUUACACGUGUUGCGACGAGCCCUACCUCGACAUCACGUUCAACAUCACCAUGAGACGGAAGACUCUAUUUUACACUGUCAAUCUUAUAAUACCGUGUAUGGGUAUCUCGUUUCUCACGGUGUUGGUCUUCUAUCUGCCAAGCGACAGUGGCGAGAAGGUGAGAGCCCGCUUUUAUCAAGUCGUCCAUUUUAAUUUUCCAUUUUCUUCUUUUUUUUUAGUUCUCGCUUAACCUUUUGCGUUCCAA